GUCCCGGGCCUCGGAGCCGCUGGAAGGAGGAUGAGUCCCUGGAGCUGGUUCCUGCUGCCGACCCUGUGUCUCCUGCGCUCGGGCGCAGCCCCCCGGCGCGGCGCUGUCGCCUCUGCCAACUGCGACCUCAAGCCCCAACAAAGUGAGUUGAAUUCCUUCUUGUGGACCAUAAAGCGAGACCCACCCUCUUACUUCUUUGGUACGAUCCACGUUCCCUACACGCGGGUUUGGGACUUCAUCCCGGACAAUUCCAAGGAGGCUUUUCAGCAGAGCAGCAUUGUGUAUUUUGAGCUGGACCUCACCGACCCCUACACUAUCUCGGCCCUCACCAGCUGUCAGAUGCUGCCGCAGGGGGAGAACCUGCAGGACGUGCUUCCCAGGGACAUCUACUGCCGCCUCAAGCGCCACCUGGAGUACGUGAAGCUCAUGAUGCCCUCGUGGAUGACCCCGGACCAGCGCGGUAAGGGCCUCUAUGCCGACUACCUCUUCAAUGCCAUCGCGGGGAACUGGGAGCGGAAGAGGCCCAUCUGGGUGAUGCUCAUGGUCAACUCCCUGACCGAGGUGGACAUUAAGUCCCGUGGGGUGCCCGUCUUAGACCUGUACCUCGCCCAGGAGGCCGAGAGGUUGAGGAAACAGACGGGGGCGGUGGAAAAGGUGGAAGAGCAGUGCCAUCCGCUCAACGGGCUCAAUUUUUCACAGGUUAUCUUUGCUUUGAAUCAGACCCUCCUGCAGCAGGAGAGCCUGCGAGCAGGCAGUCUUCAGAUCCCCUACACGACAGAGGAUCUCAUCAAGCACUACAACUGUGGGGACCUCAGCUCCGUCAUCUUCAGCCAUGACAGCUCCCAGGUUCCCAAUUUUAUUAACGCCACGCUACCACCCCAGGAGCGCAUCACCGCGCAGGAAAUCGACAGCUACUUCAGGCAGGAGCUCAUCUACAAGCGCAACGAGCGGAUGGGGAAGCGGGUGAAGGCGCUUCUGGAGGAGUUCCCUGACAAAGGCUUUUUCUUUGCCUUUGGAGCUGGUCAUUUCAUGGGCAACAAUACGGUGCUUGAUGUUUUACGGCGCGAAGGCUAUGAGGUAGAACACGCCCCUGCUGGACGACCUAUCAACAAAGAGAAGACUAAAACUCCGCCCUCUCAGCCCACUUCCUCCUCCGCCAUCUUUGUCCCGGAAGUGGCCUCCCGGGUGGGGCUGGGACCUGAAGCUGAGUCUGCGGUGCUCUCACUAUUGCCCCCACAUGUGUCCCCUCUGGGAAGUGACGACCUGCCGGAGGCAGAACGAAAGUUCCGGAAGAAACGGAGGCGACCACACAGGAGGCAGCGGCUCAGGCAGUUCAGUGACCUGUGGGUCCGAUUGGAGGAAAGUGCGGUGGUCCCUCAAUUCCAGGUCCCCAUUCUGGAGAGGCACAUCCCCGCCGAGCUGCGGCUCCCUCGCCAUGGCCAUUCCCACCACAGCCAGAUGGUGGCCAGCAGUGCCUGUUUGUCUCUCUGGACUCCUGUGUUCUGGGCUCUGGUGCUGGCUUUCCAGACAGAAACACCCCUGCUGUGACAACCAGAAGAGCCAGGCAAAGCCCCUGACCCCUUGGACGUGAAGGAUGACCAUCCUGAGCUCUCUUCUCUGGUCUGGGCUUGACAGAAGAGAUUCAGGAUAAAAGCCACUGUUUCUUCUCUUUCCAACGAGUGACUUUGGUUACGUAGCAAUGCUUAGGGGAAGUGUACGGUUUUGUAAUAUAAUGAGUCGCAUGAAAAUAAGUAAUUGUAAAUGAAUUGUAUGAAAAUAAUUAAAUAUCUCUUUUGGUGUACUUUUCCCUACAACUUGAUGUUUAGGUCAAGUAAACAACUCCUUUGUUCACACCCUCUGCUCUCUACCAUUGCUUCACUCCUGGCCCUUACCCCUAGGCCUUGCUGCCACUGUGAAUCCGGACCCUUUCUCCUUCCUGCUGCCUUUCUCCCUGCUCGCUCUUGCUUCUGGAUGCAGGGGAGUCACUAGGCCAUGGGAUGUUUUUUCUGUUCUUUGUUCCAGGUUUGGUGAGUAGUGUGCCCCCUGUGCCCUGAGAAGUGCUUUUAUUAUGUAUAAUAUGCAUCUCAGCAAUGUGCUCAAGGCCAGGUGGAUGGGUAGACUUUGUCAGAGGUGCUGUGCAAGAAAGUGGUUUUCAAAUGCCUUCCCAUUCCUAUGUUAUUUAUUAUUUAUAUGUGUUUUUCAAAUAAAAUCUUAAUGUGGAAUCUCUAUACAGUGAGUAAGAGCUCAGCUGCCCCAGUUGAGUCUGAAAUGGGAACUUCUAGCCCUGCCCAGCGGAUCUCCACCUGCUACCCCCUCAUCCUGCUCCCACCAUCAUUGCUGACCAGGACCUGCCACCUGUGGCAGGGUUUCCUUCUUGUGCUCUUGGGCCUUUGGGAAGCUUCCAAGCCAGGGUGCCUACCAGAAUACUUGGAAGGGGCCCAUAAAAGUAGAUGUGUUUGUUCCUACUCUGGUUUAGGGUGAGCUUGACAGACGGGGCUUGCAGCUCUGUUCUCUCUUGUGGGUUCAUUCUCAGUCAUUGCCAGGGCCCAGAAGAUCUUUGGGACCUCACUGAAAGUGGUGUGGUGGCACUCAGGAUCUAGGAACCUUUGCUGUAUUCUGCCUCCCCUGUGUUGCAAGGGUAGGAGGACUGAAACUUUCCCAGUGUGUUUUGCAAUGCUUGAGAUUCUCCUAACGAGAUCUGCUUAUGUGAGAUCUGGAAGGUGGAAGGGUGCAUUCAUAUUUUUUACUCAUGUGAGGCAGGUCCUCGGUGGUGGCAGUUACGUGCAGGUUCUGGCAGACACAAGUUGCACAAUGGCCAGGCUCUGCACCCAACUGCGAGUCAUCUGCUUCAUGAGGGUGUGUUAGUAGUGAGGUUGGCACAGUUUCUGGCAGCUUACAGCUGACCAACUGCUGUGGUCCCUAAUGUCAACCCCCUCUGACUUCUGCAGCUGCAGCCACUCCCUUGGCUUAGCAAGCACCCAUUCUUGUUUGAAAAACCCAGAGUUUCAAGAACUCUGACUAAGAAAUGGUUUUCCCUAUUUCUCUGCAACUUGAGUCUACUCUUAACUUUCAUAGGUAUGGAGGUGAAAUGGGAUGGUGGGAUUACUGUGAAUGAACCUGUUCUUCCAACUUUCUGAAAGGGAAUGAUGGUGUGAUCUUUCCAGGGGCCCACAGCCUAGCUGGAUUUCUUGGCUCAUGUUCUGGCUGAGGAAGCAAACAGACUUUCCUUGGCAGAGCUGACACAAAAUGGUUUGCCACAGUGGCCACUGCAUCUCAGCACUGGCCCGAUAGCCUCUGCUUUUGUGAGAGCACUUGGGAGGGAUUUAACCUGUUUUCACACAGGUUCAUCCUAAAUUGAAAAGGAAAAAUUUCCCUGCACUGGAGCAGAACCAGCCCACUCUGCGGUGAAAGCACAGGCUCUUUUAAGGAUUGGAAUAGGGGAAGUGGCACCGUGGGCCAAGAUCUUAUCCUGCUCUACCAUUUGUUGAGGUCACUCUGUCAGCCGGCCAGCCUUGACCUCUGAGCCUUAACCUGGUCUUUUAAACGGAAGCACCUGAAGUGCUCUAGGCCUUUCAUAUUAGUUCGAAGAGGGAGGAAGUAUGUGCGGGCAAGGAAGUGCUGGAUUCUGCCUCCUGCAGGGAGCUGCCUGGCUGUGAAGUGGGGCGAAGGGAUCAGGUUUCAGAGAUGGGGCAGAACCCACUGCUUUCACAUCAGAGCUUGAAUUACCAAUAGAAAGAAAAACAUUUUUAUUUUAGGUUAUAAGAGAAAUAAAAGCUAAACUUACUACUCUUAAGUCAGUGCAAAAGUAACAUUGUUUUGCUCACAUAUAAGUUUUGCAGGUUUUCCUCAUCAGGAAAACUGUCUGGUCUGCUGCUUUUUCAUCAUUGAGGUGGCACCUUUUCACUCAUUCAGCUGGCAGAGCAAAGCUGAUCCCUUGGAAAUCCAGUAAUCCUUGGAGUGUUUGGAGGGUAAGAGGAUGGUCACCACAAAGUUGGUUGAGUGGCCUAGUUAAGUACAUGGGGGAAAGAAAGGAUACAGGUUACUUAAAGAAAAACCCCUUGAUACAAAGAGCACUGUACUAGAAGUCAAGACACUUGGCUGUCAGACCUGACUCUACCCCUGAAAGUGAGGGACAAAUAGUCUAUGGAGUUUAGUUUUAUCCCUCUAAAGAUGUUAGAACAAAUGGUCCUUUAGAAUCUGUCCAACGUAGACUUUAUACAACUAUGACUAUGUUUCAAGUUCUCUGCAGUCUGAUUCUGGGUGUAGGAUUAGGCAUGAGCCUUAAUUGGGACUCAGGGGCUGCACUUGGUAUAUUGAGCAUCCAUUCAGAUCCAUUCAUCUGUCAGCUAUUAUUUCUGCAAAUGUUAUCACCCUUCCCUUCUCUCUAUUUCCUCCUUCCAAAUCAUCUACUAGAUACAUGUUGGAAAUUUUGGUGUUUUCCGCAAUGUCACUUUAAUUUUUAAAAAUUGCACUGGGCAGGGUGUGAAAGUAUACAUCUGUAGAGGUUUGAACCGACAGCCCCAGAGCAGACACAAAGAUGUAAACCUACUUUAUCUCAAUAAACAU